AUGGCUUCUGUUCAACCUCAAAACGAGAGAAAUCACGUAUACAGAUUUUCAACAUUGCCUCAAUCAGAAACCGAAGCUAAUCAUCACGAAGAACAAGUAUUAUCAAUCUCCACAAACACAACAAUUCCAACAAUCACCGACGAUAAUUAUUCAGAAGAAAUCUUCAGCAUUAGCCCUCGUAUAUGCGAAAAAAUCCAAGACCUUCUUGGUCUCACAAUGUUAAUGUUACUAAUAUUCUUACCUCUUUAUAGACAUUUAGGAUCACCAAAACAAGAUCCAAUCCCGCCCAUUUUCAACCUCGAUUCAAUGUACAUAUCAAAUUUCACCAUAGGAACAAAAGGACUCGCUGCAACAUGGGAUGCGAAAUUCACAAUCACAAACACAAAUGUCUCGUCUAUAUACUUUUGCAGCAUUGAUUUCACAAUAUUUUACAAACAAAAUCCAGAAGAUGCUCUUUCAGUUGUUUCUUCAUACCCUUUUUAUUUGGACCAAGGUGAGUUUAUAAAGCUGCAUUUAAAGUUCAUGACUAUGGAGACAGCUGAUUGGGUAACUGAUCAAGAUCAGCCGUUUGUGGAGAGUAAUUUGGUGGAAGAAAUAGAGAAAGAUAGGGCUAAAAAUAAUGGCACAUUGAGUUUUGGAAUUCAAAUGAAGAUUCAAGCUAUUUAUUAUGGUGCAACAUGGGUUUCUGAUGUUGUUAUGACUCCUUAUUGUGAAGAUUUGAUGGUUCAUUUUUUGCCUCAUAAGAAUUCGGGAAGGCUGGUUAACCCUAAUAGGAAUUUUUCUGUUCCUAUACAUUGGAAGCCAUUGCCUUUCUUUUGA